AUGCCGCCUCCAGUGACUCAACGACCUUCCUGCCUGAAGAGGCACUGGACCGCGGCUGGGUCGACGCAGUGGACAGUCCUCUACAGUCUCAUCCUGCCCAUCUGCACGCUCUUCAUGGCCGGCAUCGUGGUCUACAGGCACUUCAGCGCCUUCCCCAUGAGUCUGCGCAUGGCCUUGUAUGCGGGAUUCUGUCAGAUGUUGGAUUUGCUGUGGUACCUUUAUUUCAACGGCUCCUUGAUUGUGGAUUGGUACGGGCCGCAGAAGCCAGCGAAUUGGAAGAGGCCGCAGAAGCCAUUGGAUGAUUGGAAUGUGUGCUUCGUUGAUAGAGCAAGAGGAGCACAGAUCAGGAAGCAAGGAUGGACUAGGAUCGGAUGUUUGGAAGCUAGGGCGGUGAUUGUGAUUACGUGCGGAUUCCUUGGCAUCCAUCGCGCCGCCAACGCCACCCGCGUCGCGCAGCAAACGCAUGCUGCCAAUGUACGCCUCCAACAACUGAGGAGGGAAUCUCCUGUCCACGGCGGCAGCGACCACGAGCAUCUCGAAGCCGCGGUGAGCACACCUCUCCCAGCCGAUGCGCCGGUGGAGGACAGGGAGAACCAGUCAGGAUGUGUGGGUAACCAGAGAUGGGCGGAUGAAGUGCACGGAAGAUCAGACUCGGAGGGUUGGAGUUGUGUGGCUGCAGCGUUUGAGGAGCCAGUGAAUCCGUUUGCGGAUCCGGUGAGGGCAAGGGACAUGGUUUAG